CACCUACUCAGAGCACUCGUACAGCAGCCAAACUAAUUUGCUUCAGACCACUCCCCCAAAGCUUCCUCUGCCGCAACCGCAACCGCACACCACAGCACAGCUGUGUAGCAAAAAGAUGGUCGCCUCCAAGGAGCCUUCGGUCCUCCUCUCGCAUCUGCAUCGCGCAGAUGGCUCUGCAACCUUCUCGCAAAACGGCUAUACGGUCAUUGGCGCCGUCAAUGGUCCUAUUGAAGUCCCGCGACGCCACGAGCUACCAGAAGAAGCAGUCAUUGAGGUGCUUGUGAGGCCAGCAGCUGGUGUAGGAGGUAAGUGUGCCCGUUGGCUUGAUGCCUCCAGGUGUCUGUUCUGACUAAACUUGUUUAGGCACAAGGGAGCGGCACUUGGAAUCGAUCCUACAUUCAACCCUCCGCCAAAUCAUCCUCGUUCAUAACUUCCCCAGACACUUGAUUCAAGUCACGCUCCAAAUUACAAACACACCAGAGAAUAAGAACACGGGCUCGAAAGUUGUGCAGGCUGGUUCGGUACGAUGCUGCGGAGCUUCAUUCUACAAGACAGAGACUGAUUUUCCCUUUUUUAGCACUUAGCCAUCCUCCCCGCACUACUCCAGACUGCCGUCCUGGCACUGUUGUCCGCGUCUAUGCCAUUAGCUACGAUUCUGACUUCGGUUUCAAUUGCCAUUCACGCGGAUGGAAAGUCUCGGAAACUCAUCACCCAUCCAAGUCUCAAAGAAUUCGAGAGCGCCAGCUCGGUCCAUAUAAUGGCGUUUACUUCGCAUGGAGAGCCAUUAGUCGUAGAAAGUCAGGGAACAUUCACAUUGGAGGAUUGGGAGGAGGUGUUUGAAACAGUAAAGGCGCUGUGCCACGCUGAACACAACAGGAUCGACGAUAAUGCUAUGCAAGGGGUGGAUGGUAAAGGGAACAUGUUGGAGUUUGUCAAAUCAGCCAUGGGGGAGAAGGUUGCACAAGAUCUUCAUUGGCACACGUGA